AUGGCAAACGACGCCGUGCUCAGAACCUCUCUUCUCUGGCUCGCAGCACUUAUUCUGGCGGUUGCCAUAUUUACCCACUCUUUCAAGAAGAUGAUGCUCACCUAUGUCUUUGGUGUUCUUGGGAUUGCUGCGAUUCUCCUUCCUGAUUGGGAUUACUUCAACCGUGAUUUCUCUCGUUGGGCUUACCCUGUCACUGCUGAGGAAAGGGCCAAUUCUCCUCAUGCCCAAGGAUCUGGAUUUCUAAGGUUUGCGCAUUCUCCUCUAAGGGUGAUUGUUUAUAGUGUGGUUUAUGGAUGUGCCAUGUACAAAUGGUGGGCGUAUGUAUCAAGCUAA